UCGCUUGCUUUGGCCUACCGUUGCCAGCGGCGGCUGCUUAGUGGCGGCGAUGGAGGAAGCGCAGGAGCCGGGAAGAGGAGACACCGCCGAGCGGGUCUCGGCUCCCGCCCCGCCGGCCGAGGAAGGGGGAAUCUCGCUGCACAAUUUCUGCGGGCGUUUAGCGGAGCAGCUGGUGCAUUUCCACGCCAUGCGCCUGCAGGACUCGCUCUUCCUUUGGGUCGGGGACGCCCCGGAGCUCAGCAACUUGGCCGUGGCCAUGUGCACCCCCCGCGACUCCAUUCCAGCAACUACCUUACUUUUUGGCAAUGCUUCUGACAAUACCUCAAAUUCUUUAGCUCAAAGACUAGCCAGCAAGACGAAAAAACAGAUUUUUGUCAGCUAUAACAUUCAAAAUACUGACAGUGGCUUUAUACUACUUGUGGAAAAUCGUAUCAAGGAGGAAAUGGCAACUUUCCCAGACAAAUUUUAGUUUGGGAUAGUCACAUUUUUUUGUUCAUAUUUGUUUUUUUCAAAGAAGAUUUUUUUAAAAAAAAUGUCACUGAGAUAUUUGGGAUGGCAAAAUGCAUUCAGUUUAAUCGAGCUUCUUUUUGAACUAAUGAAUAAAUCUACAUAUAUAAUGAAAAGGAAAGAAGUAUUCAGCUCUUCAGAUAUUCUGGUUGGGAGAACAUAGAACUGGAAUAAACGCUGCAAUAUUUGACAGAUGUUGCCACCUACUGUUUCUGCUUGAUAUGACAUAGAUCUGUUUUGAAUUUUCCAUUCUUAUGCAAUCUAGUUCUGUGGCAUCCAAUCAAUGAUAAAGCAAAACUGUUCAGUGGAAUGUAUCAGAUUUGAAAUGGAUUCAUUGCAGAAUAUAUGCUCAUAGUGAACAAAAUACUGUAUUUUUCAGACUACAAGACACACUUUCCCCCCCAAAAAAGUGGGUGGAAAUGUCUGUGCGUCUUAUAGAGCGAAUGUUGCCAAAACCCCGCCCACCCACCAGCCCCCAGCCUUCGGCCUCUGCCUCCCAGCAAUUUGCCUCCUUGCAGCAAACAGCUGGUCAGCUUUAGCAUAGCCUGAUUUAGCACAAGCAGCUGAUUGGCGGUUGGAUCUGCCUCCCGGAAUACCACCAAUCAGCUGUUCCAGGCUGCAGGGAUCCCUCCCUAUGGCGCCGUCCAUCGCUGCUGCCACCUAUCACUGCUGCCACCUAUCACUGCUGCCACCUAUCACUACCUCCUGCGCCCCAUUUUUGGGCCUCCGCGCACCCCAUUUUUGGACUCCGCACGUCCUGUUUUCGGCUCGUUCUAGGCGGCAGGGAUAGGCUGCCUGGAAUGGGCCAAAAAUGGGACAUGUGGAGGCUGAAAAUGGGACGUGCGGAGGCGGUGAUAGGUGGCAGCGGCACCAAUGGCACCGAUGGGCAGUGGCGAUCCCUGCAGCCUGGAACAGCUGAUACAGUAUACGGUAAAACUUACUCAAUAAGUGUGGUCUUACCAGCUUCCCUAGCAAUUUUUGAUGGAAUGAUGUGCAAUGGGAUUGACUACUUUCCCAUUGUAUGAGCACAAGUGGUGAGCAGGCUUACAUUUUUUUUCAAGAAAUGGGGAAGCAUGUAGAAGAACAUCUGUGAGAUGAAGCAGAAAAGGAGUCACAGGCUCUUUCUCAGAAAAAUGAAUUUCAAUGUAUAAAGUAAAAUAGCUAGAUGUAGAUUGUAUUACAAAGAAAACCACUUGUACUGUCAAAUUUAAAAAAUUAACCAAUAUGUAAUAUUUACUGUAUGUGCUUUGUGAUUCAUCCAUUAAAUCAAUAACAAGACAAGC